AUGCACUACAUAAUGAAGAAGCAGAGCGGCAACGGCCACUUGUUGCCACUGCUAUUCUUUUGUUUCGCACUCCUACAACCCUCCUGCUUCAUCGUCAAUGCCGCCAGAAUACUCGUCUAUUGUCCGUCCAUUAGCAAGAGCCACAUCCUUUUGUGCUCUAAAUACGCCGACCUUCUUCACAAUGCAACACAUGACACGGUUUGAAUACACGUCUUCUUUAUUCGUCUUUCUUUUCCCUUUCUCCAAUUCUACCCGACAGAUGCGAGUCCCUCAAGAGGGAGGAAUAGGCCACGCCCACUUUGAGAGAUGGAGGGGGAGGAGCCACCACACGAAGCCGCGCCUGAUUCAGCUCUCAGUUGUCUCGUCCGUCCUCACCAUGGACGGUCGCCUUCCCGCCUCCCUCUCCCCCUCCCUCUACCUCGUCCUCUCCCAUUCCCUCUUCCUUCGCCCAUCAACCUGUCAUCCGCAUCCUCAUCCUCAUUCUGCGGUUGUAGGUGCUAUUUAUCCCCUCCUAUUUCAAUUCGCUGGAUGACUUUGACGGUGCGAAACACGCCAAAAUAUGGAGACUCCGAAACAUCACCCAUGCGUACGACAGAAAGAUGUCUGGAUUUUUCAACGUCAUGGACGUGUCGCACAUUGGAUUCCUCGACAGGAUGACGAUGGAAGUCGACUUUUGGAUGGAAAUGUGUGAAGGUGAGUUGCGUGAGCAAAUCUCACCGAAAAUUGAGCGUUUCCCGUUUCUCGCAUGUCUCGACGCAAUUUACAACUGUUGUGUGCAGUAUACGCUCAAUUUGCAAUGCUUUUUCUUUCUUGUUUCCCAAGCUCGCCCGAAAAAAUUGUGUUUGUUUGCAGACAUGGUCAAGCAGCGACAUCGAAUGCAAAACAUUGUCGACUACGGCUUCGACAUUGCCAUCUACAACGACAUCGACCCGUGCAAUGCAGCAAUCGUGAGGUGAGUUAGAUCUCAUAUCCUUCCGCUUAAUGGAAAUGAUAUGUAAUCUAGCUUACAGGUCGUUGAACAUUCCGAAGACUGUGCUACUGUCAAGUGAGCCGAUCAUGGAUAAGAUUGCAUGGGACCUAGGCAAGCACUGAUGACGUCUCGCCGAAAGCCUGAAAACGGAUCGGAUUUCAGGGCUGCCCUCAUUGCCGUCCUACGUGCCAAGUGUCGAGGAGAAUCCCAAUCACGAUCGAAUGGGUUUUUUUGAUCGAAUGUCCAAUGCUUAUAAACAUUUCCAAUCCAUUGUUGUCCAUUACCUUCAAGACCGAGCCAUUCAGAAUGUCAGUCAUUACCCAGUCCUUCCCUUUGUCGCUUGUUACCGGUCGAAUCAUUGGGUGUCUUUCUUCAGAUUUUCCGAGAAAAAGUCUCUCCGGACUUUCCGUCGAUUAUCCAGAUUGUGCGUAACUGCUCGGUCAUGUUCGUCAACACUGAUGAAAUGUUUGAUAUUGCGAGACCAAUUUCAUCUAAAGUUGUUUAUGUGGGCAUGUUGGGAGGAGGAAAUCAUGCGAAAAAUGUCCUGUCGGAGGUGUGAACGCAAUUUUAAGACGAUUGACAUGAAAGUUGCUUGUAGGAGUUGGAUUCGAUUUUCAAAAAAGGGAAAAAGGGCUCUGUGUUUGUCUCAUUCGGCACAGUUGCUCCGUUCAAAAUUCUUCCGGAAAGAAUACAACAAUCUCUGUUUAAUGCAAUUGAAAGCCUGCCGGACUAUCAUUUUGUUCUAAAAGUGGCCAGUGGUCAGUGAUAUUCAAAGUGCAUUGAGUGAUAAGGUAACCACUAUUUUCAGAUGAUAAGACAACGGCGCAAAUGUUUGCCAAUGUUCCCAACACUGAUCUUGUUGACUGGGUUCCGCAGAAUGCAGUUUUACGUAAGACCGACAACUUCUCUAACAAAAGAAAAAUCGAGUUUUUAGAGCACAAAAACUUGAAGUUGUUCGUGUCUCACGGUGGAAUGAACAGUGUCUUAGAGACCAUGUACUAUGGAGUUCCAAUGAUAAUCAUGCCAGUUUUCACCGAUCAGUUCAGAAAUGCGAAAAAUGUGGAGCGGAGAGGAGCUGGAAAGGUUAUGAAAACAGAAAUGUCAUUGUGAUUUGUAAUUUCCAGAUGAUCGCUAGAGAGACAGUCAUCAGAGACACGUUCUUUAAUGAAAUCAGUGAAGUACUAAAGGAUCCUAGGUAAUUCAGAUACUUCAGAAUAAUCAAAAUUUUACGAAUUACAGCUAUCACACAAGUGCUCAGCGCAUAUCAAAACUGAUCCAAAACCAUCCUUUCACACCAGAAGAACGUGUUUUGAAAUGGAUUGAUUUUGUGACAGAAUACGACACGAGCUCUCACUUUGAUCUGGAAAGCAACAAUCUUACUAUUGUCGAAACAUAUCACUUGGAUAUCUUGUUUUACUUUUUCCUUAUUCCCCUAGUCACACUUUUCAUUUACAAACGUCUGUUUGCUCAGAAAUUUUAA